CAUCGCCUGGCGACGCGGCCGCUCCCGCUGCCCGCAGCGGCCCGGCCGCCCCGGGAGGCCCCGCGGCCCGGAUGCGGCGGCGGCGGCGGCGGGGCGGGCAGGAUGCACCAGAAGCUGCUGCGCAGCGCUCACUACAUCGAGCUGGGGAGCUACCAGUACUGGCCCGUGCUGGUGCCUCGCGGCAUCCGCCUCUACACCUACGAGCAGAUCCCCGUCUUCCUGAAGGACAACCCUUACAUCACCGACGGCUACCGGGCCUACCUGCCCUCCCGUCUCUGCCUCAAGAGCCUCUUCAUCCUCUCCAACGAGACGGUCAACAUCUGGAGCCACCUCCUCGGCUUCGUCCUCUUCUUCACGCUGGGCAUCUACGACCUGACGGCCGUCCUGCCGGCGGCCGGCGCCUCCCGGGAGGAUUUCGUCAUCUGCUCCGUCUGCCUCUUCUGCUUCCAGGUCUGUAUGCUUUGCUCAGUAGGAUAUCAUCUCUUCUGUUGUCACCGCUCAGAGAAGACGAGCCGACGAUGGAUGGCAUUAGAUUAUGCAGGAAUUUCCAUCGGUAUCCUGGGCUGCUAUGUGUCAGGCGUGUUUUAUGCAUUUUACUGCAAUAACUACUGGCGUCAGGUGUAUUUAAUCACUGUGCUGGCAAUGAUCUUGGCAGUAUUUUUUGCUCAGAUUCAUCCCAGUUACCUCACACAACAGUGGCACAGACUGCGCUCCAUCAUCUUUUGCUCAGUGUCUGGAUAUGGAAUUAUUCCCACCAUCCACUGGGUUUGGCUCAACGGUGGCAUUGGUGCAUCUAUUGUACAGGAGUUUGCUCCACGUGUAGUUGUCAUGUACUUCAUCGCUGCUGUAGCUUUUCUCUUCUAUAUUUCCAAAGUUCCAGAAAGAUACUUCCCAGGACAGUUGAACUACCUCGGCUCGAGUCACCAAGUCUGGCAUAUCCUUGCCGUGGUGAUGCUGUACUGGUGGCAUCAAUCCACCGUGUACAUCAUGCAAUAUCGACACAGCAAGCCCUGUCCUGAGUACAGCGCAGACUUGUGAGUGAAGAGGCACUGCAAUGAAAUUCCUGACGUCGAGGCUCUGGACCUUACCUAAUGAGCUGAGAUAUGAAGUUAAGCACUGAGGCAGUUCCUUUUCUCACUUCUGGACUGCUACCCAUUGGCUGGGUCAGUAUAUUAUGAGGAGUUCCGAAAGAAACAACAGCGUUGCCCAGGAUCUGACAUGACUUCCCUGUUCUGCAAUCAAGUACAAAACAGGUCUUCCUUGAGUGAGACAGUAGAAAGGUGGGCUGUAAGGCUCUGCAUUUGGAUCACAGCAGCAUUUUUUUCAGUAAACAUGAACAACACAUGUAAUAACCCUUGCUGAGCUACCAGGCCCGUAUACUAGGUUUUCAGGUUUUGUUCAGGAGUAUAAUUGAGAAACUGCUCCUGACAGCAUGCUUGUGAAGCCAUGGUAAGCGUGGGACCUGCUCUUGGAUUUAAGUCACGACGGUAAGGUGUGUUGCAUCCUUCAGCAUCUUGGUCUGAAUGACAUGUGCUUCAGCAUCGGGUUGGUAACGUAUGAAACUUAAUUCAGUGGACUCUUGUACUUUUGUGAACAAGCUCUUUUCCUUUUUCUGGAUCAUGUCAGCCACAUUGCCUCCCCCAAUUUGGAUAGUGCCAUUUCUUCAAGAAAUUUCUCUAGAUCUCCUUGGUAAUUUUGGAAUUAGUAUUCUGAAGUAUUUCAGGAGCAGCACUAAGGGUGUUCAUAUUUGUUAAUAUAUUGCAAUCAGUGGAGUUCCUCAUGAUUUUUUUUGUUGCAUUUGUUUAACGGGAUGGAAUAGCAUACCCGAAAUGGUGAACCUACUGGGAAUUCAGAUCACUGAACUUCGGCCUUUUAACAUGUGAUGUAGUAUGCUGUACUUACAGACUUUGUUGCUGAAAAAGACUUAUCGCCAUAAGCUUUCCACAGUAAAAAGGUUGCCUUGGGUUUUAAAAUCAGUCAUGAAAUCAUCUCUUCUAAAUUCAACGCUAGGGAGACAUAAAAUACGCAGGUUAUUAGAUAGCUGUAGCUCAGCAGGAUUAACCUCAGUGAGUGCCAGUUUUUCAAACAGGAGUGGAAUUACUUGGAUUUUUGUGUUAGAAUCAACAUUUUUAAGUGACUUCUAUACAGCAGCUGUGCUUUUGUUUACAGUUCAGGUGAGCAGUGGUAGCAAAUGCUGCUGCUCUGCACCAUCCAGUGUUAGUCAGCAUUAGCCCUUUGGAGAUUCCUCUGCUUGCCUCAAGAUGCUGUUACAAGUUAAUCCCAAGUGGUUAAAGUUUGGGACCAGAGCUGUUGCAGGACGUGAGGGCAUCGGCAUGGCUAGUAAGUGGGAGAUAGCUAGUUCCUAUUUCUGCUGUGACUACAGGCAGAAAACAUUCUGUUCUGGGAAUAAAAGCUGUCCUGGCUGCCCUCACUACACCUCCCCUUGUUACCUGCACUGUGGCCUUCGAUAGCAUCCCUGCAUCUUCUGUUUUGUGGCCAUCUGACAACAGCCAGCUUAAAACACACAGGCAGGGGCCUUGAAGAUUUCAAACGUGUUGUCUCACCCCCACAGCCAAGGAGGGGAGAGCAUGGCCCAGCAGCGGGGAAUCAGACCUUAGGCGACUGUGCCAAGAGCCCUGUAAUACUCAAGAAGCCCUUAAUGAACCCUCGGCCUUGCCCACACUCUGCCAUUGCCUCGCUCCUCUCGGGGAGGGUUUUCCUGUGCUGGUAUUUACCUUCCACAGAGGGGGCGAGGCUGGCUGGUGGCAGUGCCCCCCUCAGGGUGGGCAGCCUGCUCUCGGGUCCCCCCAGCACUGCCUUCUCCCUGGGCAGAACAAGCUCAGCUUCCUUUGCCUUUCUCAGCGGGCGUGUGCCAAGGACCUGUGGAAUAUUGAUGGAAAUCCACUGUCGGGCACCUGAACACUCCUCUGGGAUGGAGAAAGCAGGAUGCUACCUUCUCCACUGCUAGGCUGGAGAGUAAUACUGUUUAGUUCAGUGCAUUCCUCUUGUUUUUAUGUUUUUCAACUCCAGAAACAAGUGGGGGCAUUUAAGAUUCUAUUCCCAGACCUUUGAGCCUUUCAAUGUAAACACUGAAUUAUUUUUUUUAAACUUGACAGCCAAGCAAGUUUCAAGUGCACUAAUUACUACUACUGAAGCCUGACAAGGAACCUGCAAGUAUAAAAGCCUGUUUCCAGUGUUAUGUAAACAAUAAUAUUUGAAGAAUGUGUCUUUGUGUAUUGAAAGCAUACUGACUUUACAGUUUGCUAAUGUAUUUUUUUUAUGUAACCUCUCAACUACUGUAGCAGUUUUCACUGGUUAAGGAAACUGACUGCAAAGCUGUGCAUUUUUAUUACCCUGACAAAAUUUAUCAAGCUGCAUGAUCUUCUUUUAUGUACAUACUGAACCUGUAAAUAAAUUUCGGUUCAUUGGA